CAAGGGUAAUACCGACAUUUGUCAUCAUUUGAUAAAUCUAACAAACCCUGAAGGAUUUUUUUUUGGUGUAUGAAAAAGCUUUGAAAUUCUCUCGACAAUGGUGUCGGACCAGGAUCUAGCGAAAGGAGUCGAGACUUUGCUUCGUCAAUCAGACCCAAGCUCUCUCACAUCGUUAACCAGUGUUGUUCAACAGCUUGAAGCUAAGUUAGGGUUAGACCUCACGGAGAAGACGACUUUCAUCAGAGAUCAGAUCAAUAUCCUCCUCCGUGCUCACCAAAACCCUUCAGCUUCCGUCGCUUCCGCUUCAUCCGUACAACAAUCUCAUCCUCCGCCGUCUUCUCAGCAGAAUUUGCAUUCCGGCGUCAAUGUUCCGGUGGCGAAAGGGCAUUUCACACUUAGCCAUCCGUCGCAAUUCUCUGUUUCUCAAUCACAACAAUAUCCUCCACAUUUCGCUCUUCAGCCUCCUUAUCACUCUUAUGACCUAAAUUUCCGGCAGCCUUAUCCGGUUUACAUGCCGCCGCAACAGCACCAGCAUCAGCAUCAGCAGCAGUCUCCGCGACAACAAUCCUCUGUGAUGCUUUCACAAGGCGCUAAUCAGCCCCCAAAAGAAAGUGCUCCGGCUGGAACUAAAAGAAAGGGUGGUCCUGGAGGACUGAACAAAGUCUGUAGGGUUUCUCCAGAACUUCAAGUCGUUGUUGGUGAACCUGCUCUUCCCAGAACUGAGAUUGUGAGGCAAUUGUGGGCUUACAUAAGGAAGAACAACCUUCAAGACCCGAGUAACAAGCGGAAGAUCAUCUGCGAUGAUGCGUUGCGUGUGGUUUUUGAGACUGAUUGCACUGACAUGUUCAAGAUGAAUAAGUUGCUUGCUAAGCAUAUUCUCCCGCUUGAUCCAUCAAAGGACUCUGGUCAAGCAAAAAAAGCAAAAGCUGAGGUGGAGACUAAGACUGAGACCACAGAGCCUGUUAAUUCAACUGCUGUUAGUUCAGCUGCUGUUAGUUCAACUGUUGCAUUGUCUGAGCCACUUACUAAGUUCUUUGGCACUGGUGAGACGGAGAUGACAGACGAAGAGAUCAUUCGUCGUGUUUGGGAAUACAUAAAACUCAACAAUUUAGAGGACCCUGUAAAUCCAAUGGCUAUUCAGUGUGAUGAGAAGCUCCGCGAUCUUCUUGGAUGUGAAAGCAUUUCAGCUGUGGGGAUAAAUGAGAUGCUGAGGCGCCAUAUGUACAAGCAGUCGUGAUACCUUCUGAUCUGACUUAAUUAACUAGGAACUACUAGUGUGUAUCUAGGGAACCUACUUAUGACUCCUUGGUGUAGAACAACUCUGAUAGGGAAGAAAAGAACCUUUUCACUUUUAACUUCCGUUAAUGCUAUUUUAAUCUUCCGUUGGGUUCUUUGUUUUAGUUGGUUGUGUAUCGACAUGGUUAGGUUGAUGUUGUAUUUAGUAUUGUACUGAAACUCUAGUGUUAAGGGUGAAAUGGCGCAUAUGUUUUGUAUUUAACGCCAUUCACCCAUGAAUGUCUUAGGAAAAAAAAAACUCAUGUGUUU